UUAUCCAUGUUUUACUUCGGCUAUGGUUCGACAAGAGAAAGUUGAAAACAAAGCCUAGUACAUAUUAGACGUGGCAUGCCGGCAUCUUUGGAUGUUCAUGUGGACCCAUGAAAAAAACACAUCUAUACAUGUUCUUUGCCUGUUUUAUAUGACUUAUUGAACAAUGAUGGGCGAAAUACGUGUUGUUCCUAGUGGGAAAGUCUACAGACAAAUUUUUGAUGCUGAGGUCCAACUGGUACAUUCCUUGAAUGAAGUUAGAAGGGCAUCUUUCCAGCAUGGAGUUCCCCUGGACAGUGGAAAAAUACCCGUUGUCGGGGAUUUAGAUACUCGCAUGGGAGGAAUUCUUUCUCAUCGUCAGAAAUUGUGGACACAAGGAAUGCCUAAUGAUGGAGUUACAGAAAACCCAACACUUUACAGAGAAACUUGUAUAUCAACACUAAAGAAAUUACAGGAACAUGAAGAUGUGUCUGCUGCUCGUGAAGUUCAAGGCCUUGCUGACACGAUUGUCUCUGAGACGACUGGCUCCGAGCUCAUUCAGCGAAUCAAAGAAAGAAAACAAGAACAGCAUGAGGAGACGGUUGCAAAACUACAACAGGAGCUGACUGUACUUAGUGGGAACUUUGAAUCAGGGUUUUAUGAAGCAGGUGAAACCUUUUGUAGAAAGUUUUCAGAAUCUGAUGCUGAACUUCACCAACAACUUGAAAAAGUCAUGGUAGAUGAGGAACUUAGAUCUUUCACGAUGCAGGGUCUUCAGGAUGUCUGGGAUGCUGUUUUACAGGCAUCAAUGCAUCGGAGACAGUGGAUCAAAGAACUGGAUGAGACAUUUAAAAAUCUGGAAUCAGAAAGAGCUAAACAGAUAGGAGAAGCACUGAAAACAUGCAGUCAGUCUCUGGAAAAGAUUGCCUACUUAAUGCCUUCUGACGUCUAUCGCUUUAUUGACAAGGAAGCCAUGAUGAUAAACCAAGCAAUCCUGGCCAAUAAGAGAGCAGUUGCUAAGCUCUAUGUCAAUCUAAUGGAGCAAGAUUUGAGGAGGGAGUUGUCAGACCGGCUUCAGUGGGAAGAUAGGGUUCAGGCCUGGAAAAGUUUUAAAAGGAAUGAGGCAGUUCAGAAAUUCAGAGAAUUCAUGAGCAAGGACUCAAUACAGAAACCUGAAAACAGAAAUAAAGACUUGGAGUUAAUUAUGAAAGAGCAGAAAUCACUGAACAAUAGAAGAAUACAGCUUCUUAUGUCAGCCAGCGAUGUGAAACCUCCAGCAUGCAAUAAAACGAUGACAAAUGAAUGGCAUUCCUCUGUGUCAGCUUUAAAUAAGCAAAUAGAUACUGUAAACAUCCAAUAUAUGAAUGUGCUUCGGUUGUGUACUGAAAAUGUGUUGCAGGAGUGUCUAGAUGAAAUUGAAACUUGCAAAGAUAAACUGUCUGCUUCACAUGUAUGCUCAGAAAAAGAGGCUCAGCAGCUUGUGGACUCAGAAUUUCUGCCAGUUGUUGGAAGUCUGCAUAGAAACUUUGAGAAGAAGCUUGAAGCCAUGGAUAUUUGUCUUGAGAAGCUUUCCAAAAGAAUACACUUCCAGUGUAAAACACUGUUCAAGUUUGCUCAAGGAGGAGCUCAUCUCUGGGAUGUACUUCAAAUUAAUCUUGCUCAAGAGGAAAAGAAUUUUGUUGAGAAGCUAGAUACCUGUCGAAUUGGACAUGACCAUGAAAAUCAGGUAAAGGAGGCAAACCUUGAUAUAAUGAUGGAUAAAUUGAGACAGGAAAGCUCUGAGGAAGGACUGAAGACCUGCUUGGAAAAGGUUCUUUUGUUGCUUGAGGAAAUCAAAAGGGGAUAUGAGACAUUUCAUGGAGCCCAGGCAGAAAUUGUGGAAUCAUAUCCUGAUGCUAUUCUAAAUGAACUAAAUUCCUACAGCAAGUCCCUAAAUAAAUAUUUUGGAGUCAAAGAAGUCUAUAAUCAGGAAAGUUUAAAUGAACAAUCAGAGCCCAACCAGUCAUUUCCAACAACUGAAACCUUCACCACCAAGAAUGGGAAAGUAUACUCACUCACUGAACCUGAACAUGGGAACCCUCUUCAUGAGACAUUUAUAACUGAAUCUUUUGAGGAAGAAAAAUCACAAGUCUAUUUGGAGCAGGUUAUCGUACCAGAAAGUGUAUUCAUUCACCUAAGGAAGAGCAUUCGCCUUGGCUUUUUUGAGCACAUAGAAGAAUGGCUUGGCCAAGCCAUUUCUAACUCCAGAAGUGUUGUUGCUCUUAAAAAAGAGGAGUUGAAAUCAGAGCUGGAACUGCGGUUUCACCUUCACAGACCAAGAGCCAAACGUAUUGAAAUGGAUAUACAUAAUGUCAGAGCAGCUGAGCUUAUACUGCACAGGGAAAGGGUGGAGUCUCACUGCAGAGGAGUGACAGAGGCAUUAAAUAAAGUGAAGGAUGAGUUUUCAGAGCUUAACAAGAACUUAAAAAAACAUGCAGAAAACUUCCGUAAAAUAAUUGUCAACAUGGAAACUGCCUUUGUGAAUGCAACAAAAUGUGAUAAACUAGAUGCUCUCAGCAAAUCACUUCGUUCAGAGAGGGAUAAGCAUAUGGAUGUGAUAAAGACUUCAUUAAGGCAGUACCGACAAAAACUGGAGGACACAAUGGGGCAACUCAGAGAUUCAAAUGCAGAUUUCAUAAAGUCUUUCAGGUUGUUUGCAGAAGGAGGUAACUUUUCUCCAGAUGAGAUUACAGUCUUUCGCAGAAAGCUGGAAAAGAUGUCAGGGCGCAUUGACUCCACAGAAGGUUUCAUUUUGGCUGACUUGGAGGGAAUGGAGUCCAAAUGGCUGGAGCAGGCCACAGAAUUUCUCAGCAAGUUUGAAGAUAAAUUUCAGAAUCUCACAGUGGACCUGAACUUCAUGGAGAAAAUCCAGAGACUGCUGAUACAUACUCAAGUGAAAAUAAAAGCUGAGGUGGCAAAGAGCAAUUCCCAGACGCAAACACUGAAUUCUUAUCUUGAGCAGCUAGAGAAGAAGAUCAGUGCAUGCAGACAGACUGAUUUGGAUAAAAAGAUUGAGACUUCUGAAGAUGUAUACAGUUUUGUUAAACUUAUAAUGGAAGAACUAGAGAAAAGAUGCAAGUAUCUCAACUGCUUGUUGGACCCUUGCAUGACCUUAACAGAGCCUGCAUUACAGGGACCUAUUGCUACAGCAACCCGAUCUGAGAGUCUCAAACAAGACAGUAAGGUGCUGUUUUACAGCACAGAUAACUUACUGCAGCCUAGUAAAAUUGGAAAAUCUGCAACUGAAGAUGCGGCCAUAGGAGUCAUUAAAACCAUCCUACAAACUCAGAAGUCAAAAGCUCUUCCAGAUUCACAUGCCGAAGCAGUUAAAAAUGUACAGACUGCUGGGAAAGUGUCUCGACACAUGUCAGUUGCAACAAUCUGCUAUGCAUCAGCUGAGCCUGCUACCUCUGGUACAGUUACUGCAGCACAGAAGAAGUCAACUGGUCCUUUUAUGGGGUCCAAGGGAGAUGCGCAGGGCAGACGGUCUUCAUCAGGCAGUGUCCGUAAAUUGCCAAAAUUAACCCGCUUUGAUAAGAAGUACCUUGUUUUUGGAGACAAAGCAGAAGAAUCAAUCCAUUUUAAAGGAAUUAUAAACAGCAUUCUUUGGCUAACCAAUGAUACAGUACUUGCAGAUGCAGAGGAAUUUUACAAAAAGAAAGAAAGACGACCAAUUAGUAGACCUGAACACCUACAGGAAACAUUUGAACAGUGUGCAGAUGUGUUAGUACAGAAGCUUCUGUCUUAUCAGUCACAGUCUGAUGACUACCAUAAUGGCUGUCUUCAAGAGUUACGAGAGCAGCUGAAGCAGUUUGAGGAGCUGCUUUUUGAUGUACCACAUCUUUUAACAGAUGGCCUUCUUCUUGAACAUCUGAGGAAAGUAAGGAAUGCCACCAGUGAUAUUUGGAAUGAAUUUGCCUUGAAAGAAAAGGCAUGGGAAGAGAAGACGAUUGCAAACAAGAAUAGUCUUAAACCUUCACUUGGUCACCCUGACAAUGUUGUAGAAUUGGAAAAUUUGUGUAAGCAAGAGGAAGACAGACAAUCAGAACAGAGAAGAGGAACUGAAAAUCUUAUCUUAACACUGCAGAACACUUUGAUUGAGAACACCCAGCAGUUCGUUUCCUCUUUGGCCUCACUUACUGAGAAAUUGCUUCUAGAAUUUGAUGAUGUCAUUACAGUUGAUGAUGUCCAAACUGGAAAAAUACAAGUUAAAAAGGAGAAAACAUCUGUUCUUAUACGAAGAAAACAAGCUGGAAUUCCUUUAGAAGGUGUUCAGCCUAAAUCAGAAAUUGAACGAGGAAGCAGAAUCUGGCCAGGCAUUCCUUGUACUGAAUUUGCAGUUCAGGAAAGAACAGAGCUUGUUGUCAAGGAAACUGCAUCAGUUACUACGGCAAAAACUAGUAAAGGUCACCUCUCUACUAUAAAGGCAAGGAAUGCUGCACACAUGCAAUACCAACAAGAGGUGGACAAAGAACUAAAAAAUAUAAAAGUGAAGUCUGAAGCAAAGUUUACAAGUGUGCAACGGUGGGAAAACUGCUGGAAAGACUCUAUUCUACACAUAAAACAGCUGUACACUUGAUGAAUCCCUUACACCCUCAUCACUGAUUUAAUACAAUGUACUAACUCUUAAUUUCAUGUUAUUAUCACACUUUGAUUUUAAAUGUAUUAAAAGUAUAUUAACUUUCUUGAACCUUUUUAAAUUUGCCAUAUUUUAUCAUAUUGUAUUUUAUGCAAAAGAUUAUAGAAAUAUGCUUGACUAAAUGUUAUGCAUCAGGUAAAUAAUUUCCUCCCAGUGUAGCAUUUGAUUGAUGUCUGAGUACAAAUUUUGCUAAUUUAGUAAAGUUAAAUUACAAUUGUACUUUAAAAAAGACAAAUUAAACAGCUUUUCCAUAACCUUCAAGUAUAUAAUACGAGUUGCACAACAGCUGACUUAUUGAACUAAGAAGGAAAGAGAAUCAUUAAAGACUUUUUGAAUACA